AUGAGUUUCCUGUUCGGCAAAAAGAAGAGCCCCGCCGAGCUACUCAGGGAGAACAAGCGGAAUCUCGACAAGGCGAUUCGAGAGCUGGACCGGGAACGCCAGGCGCUGCAGAACCAAGAAAAGAAGCUCAUCGCGGAAAUAAAGAAGACGGCCAAGCAGGGGCAGAUGGAAGCCGUGAAGGUGAUGGCGAAGUCGCUGGUGCGGAACAGGCACGCUGUGACGAACAUGUUCGGGCUCAAGUCGCAGCUGCAGGCCGUGUCACUACGCAUUCAGACUUUGAAGUCGACUCAAGCCAUGGCUGACGCGAUGCGUGGAGCCACAAAGGCCAUGAAAGUGAUGAACAAGAAGAUGAACAUUCCAGCACUCCAAAAGAUCAUGCGCGAGUUCGAGAUGCAAAAUGAGAAGAUGGAGAUGACAAGCGAGAUGAUGGGGGAUGCCAUUGACGAUGUGUUCGAGGGAGAGGAGGAGGAGGAAGAGACGGACGACUUGGUGAACCAAGUUUUGGAUGAAAUUGGUAUUGGCACCGCAGAGCAGCUCGUAGCUGCUCCUGCCGCUGUCGCUUCGCAUGCCCCUGCGGCUGCGGAGCCGCAACAGAAUGAGCCAAUGGCGGAGGGAAUUGACAGCGAACUCCAGGCAAGGCUCGACCACUUGAGGAAAACGUAA